GGCAGGUGGACCGGCUCGUCUUCGCCAAACAUGGUCACACACACAUACUCGCACGUGUCGACGUUGUACGCGCUGUCCGCUCGUAGUCGGUCGGCCAGGUCCGCCGCCCACGUGGGGGGAAUCUUGUGCUUGUGGAGAAAGGCAUCGCUUGGCAUGCACGCCAAGAUCGCGAGCGGGUCGAACACGUCCUUGUGCGGGGCUCCGUCUCCGUCAUGGACUUGCGACGCUUGCGGCCAUCGUCGACUCGCCUGCGACUGCAAAUACGCCAUGGCGUCUUCGUCCUUCAGGUGGCGCAGCUCCACGGGCUGGCUGAGCCACGUUGGCCAUGCUGGGUGCGGCGCGCGCAGGAGAAAUUUGAACACGUCGUCCCCUUCAACUUUGUGCAAUUGGUACGCGAGCAAAAACAAUUCGUCCUGCGUUGCUGUCUUGUCGACGCGGUGUCGUUGUGGCCACUUCGAUGGCAACGCGGUCGUGUAAAAGAACCGGUGCCACAAAGUAAACGCGUGCUUUUCAAAAAAGUGGGCGAGUUUGGCAUUCCAAUGUCGCCGCUGGGGGGUAUUGUCCAGGAGGAACGAGCGCACAUGCUUGGUCCAGGUCUCCCAUGGCUUGGCUUCCAGCACCGCCGCGUACGCGACCUCAACGGCGGUGGACACGUCAGCGCUUGCCGCGUCGUCGACGUCCAUCGAAUCAUGCAAAAGUUUUUGAAUCGGGACGGUCUUGAAUGGAGCACUUGCAGCGACUGGUUCGACGUCGGGUUCCUUGACAUCCGUGCGAGAUUGCUCGGUGGACUUUAGUGUGUUUUGCUUUGAAGUAGACAUUCCACGGGGCGCUAGCAAGUGCGUCGCCGCGGCGGUGCGACUUUUUUUGGGGUGGCUACGUUUCGUGGCGGAUUUUGGCGUUGGGGGGAGUUGGUGCAAGCGUGUCCGAGUAGUGCUCGGGGAAGACGAAGGCGACGAUGGCGCUACAGCAUCCGUCGCCGAGUCAGUCGCCGCGCUCGUCGUCUUGCCCGAAUUCCUGCGGGAUUCCACGUAGUCCUCGUCCUUAUCGUCGUCGAUGUCGUUUUCGUCGUCGUCAUCGUCGAGAGCGAUGAUGUCCACGUACGCGGAAUGGUGUCGUGUGGUGGGAAAAUUGCGCGGCGUCACGGGCUUCUUUGCCGAUCGUUUGGUCAGUUUUGCUUUUUUGGACGGACGUGGCAUGUCCAGCAAUUCUAACGUGUGCGUGGCAGGCGGCGACUGGAUGGCGUUUGUGGAUGCUGGUAGCAGUUGCGCCGUGGAUUGAGUAGUCAAGGACGUUUCGAGUGUCUGUGGCGCUGAAGGAGGGGACGGCGGCGAUGCCACUGGAGCGGUAGGUGUCGCAUGUUGCGGAGGGACUGCGCUUUGCUCGGCGACCUGUAAAGGAGCUGGGGCAGUCGAUGGCGGAGGUUCCGUCGGCAUCGUUGGAGGAACCUGUCCUGGUCGGGGAGAAUUCAGCAUAGGAAGCGGCACAGGUGCUGCGAGGCUUGUGUCGUUCGGAACGUAUUCUGGUGACUGAGGCUGGUGCUUUGACAUGGAAAAGAUCGUCACGUUCACGGAGGUGUCCAAGAAUUCCUCGACAAGUUGCCUCCCGUCCUCCAUUAUGUACGCGCGGACGAGAUGGUACAGACCUCGAACGUUCUUCGUCUUGAAGGUUGCCGCCACCCACGCGACAAAGCCAAACAGGGCCUUUUCUGCCUCGUUCGCGUUCGCUUGGACGGUGGCUAGCUGCGCGAGAAGGGAGUCUGUCGCUUGACGCGCGUUCGCGUUGCAAUGCUCCAGCUGCCGCCCCAUGGCUUCGAGCUUGGCCAGCUCAGUGUGCAACUUGGACGCCAUCAUCCGUCGGUGGCACGAGUACGCGGCUGGACCGAAAGCGAUC